AUGACUGGGCAAGAAGGGGCUGAGAAAACUGGGUCUGGCCAGAGGGUUCCAGGAGGGGAGGAAGGAAGGGCAAAGGGCCAUGUCCUCCGCCUGCCCCACCCCGCUGACAAGAGUCCCAGUCGCCAGGCCACCCUCUCAGUCUGGGGCCCUCGAGGGAGCCCAGAAUCCCAAGCAGCUGAAGCACUGGGGGACACCCAGACAGAGCCCUCGCUGGACCAGGUCCUCCGGGAGCGAGAUGACGCUAUUGCCAAGAAGCGGGCCGUGGAGGCAGAGCUGGACACGUGCAGAGCCAAGCUGCGUGCUGUGGAGGCCCAGCUGCUGGAAGUUUUGGAGGAGAAGCUGAGACUGAGGCAGGAGGUGGAGGCCUGGGAGGAGGACAUGCAACGGCUGGUGAGGCAGCAGGUCGAGAGUCAACUACAGAGAGAGUCCCAGAGUGCUCCGGGAGCUCCCACAGACCCUGGAACUGCCAGGACCCCCUGGAUCCGAUUCCCCCUGAGUCGGUGGGGACACUGGCGGUGAGAGAGCUCAGCCCAAGACCUUGGAAGGAGUGUCUUUAUUCAUUAAAGUUUGAGGUCUGA